GUAUAAGCGGGCAUUAUAUACCAAGUACAUUUUGACAACUUUUGAAGAACAAGUAGCAAUAAAUACUACGCUGAAAGUCUAAUGUCCGAAGCCCAGGUAGUGUUACGUAGUCACCAGUUUAAUUUUAACAGCGUAUCAAUUGGGUGGUAAACGUCUAUUGAUAGGUGACUAUGAAUUAUUAAUAAAUUUUCUAACUGCAGACAGAGGGACUAACCUUAUUUUUGCGUGACCAAGCAAAUCUAAAGAAUCGUGCUGUACCAGGUACGUCUCCACGCAGAGAGAAACCAAAGUGGGAUUCAAAAUUCAACGCGAAUUUAUAUGCUUUUGCUUCACCUGAUGACCAAUUUUUGCGAACAAAACUGCAUCAUUACUACGAAUUAAAUGAAGUUAAAAGUAAAAAUAUUCGCGCUGAAGAAUCAGUUAAACAGUCUACAAAUGAAUGGUUAGAAAAUUAUGGUUUAAAAGCGAAACGAUUAACACUCGAUGAUUUCAUCGCUAUGGGCAAAAUUCCAGACGGUGUAAUGGAAGAAUUAUCAGGUAUCUUUAGACAGAUUAUUUCUAAAUUUAUUUUUAAAAUAACAGCGAAUUUAGAUUUAACUUUGAAUCAAAUUGUGGAUGGAUUCAGAAAAAAUCUCCCGUCACAUCUCGAAUAUAACUCAAAACAAGUUAAUCAAUUUGAAUGUGGACUUCACGAAUCUAUCUUCACAUAUACUAACAGAAUAAGAUGGUUGAUGGAGGAUACAAGGAAAAUAUUUGGUUUAAUUCGUGGAGAAAAUAUUGGUCUUCUGUUGGAUAGUUCAGAUGCAAACCUGGGCUUCAACAGAGAUAAGCAAUUUAAAGAACAUUUAAUGGAAUUAGUCAACGAACAAAUAACUGCAGACAGGCUAAAAACAUUAUAUGUAGCUAGUUAUGGAACAAAUAUUAAUUCAUUAUGGCCAUAUCCAAUGUGUGCAAAUUCACGUGCUAUAAAUGAAUUAAAGUAUUUUAUUAGAGAACAAUUAAUACCAAUGGGUGGAUCGAAUUUGUUGAGUGGAAUAAAACAUAUGAUUAUGUUUGGUAGAAAACAAUUAGAUGUUAUCAUCAUAAUAUGUGGAAGUUAUCCAGAUCAACCUGCUAUAUUUAUUCAACAAUAUUUAGAGCAAAUAUUUGCUGGUUUCACAUCACCUCGACUACAUUUAGUUGCUUAUGAUUGUCGUAAUCCUGAAGUAAAUCAAUUGUUAGCUCAACUGGCCACAAUAAAAAAUGAUUUUAUCUACCAUUGCUAUUUAACUGAGAAUGAAUCGGCUGUGUAUACAAGUGAUGAAAUUGCUCGUCUACUGAAAGAGAUAAAUGAUGCACAGAAAGUUCUUGAAGUUGUUGGUCAUCUAAGACAAGAAAUGGAGAGCUCAUCUACGAUUGCUCAGCAAGCUAUAGAUGAAGUGAAUAUGGUAUCCAAUGCAAUGUGUAAUUCACCAGUAUACUACCUACCUCAACCGACUGAUACAAGUUUACUGCAUGGAAAACUUCAGUUGGAUCAUUUGCAUAGACAAUGUUGUAGACCAUGGAAACCAUUCCAACCAACUUCUUCUCAAGUUUGGUUACAUAAACAUGGGCUGAAAGCUCGUAAACUAAAUUUAUUUCAGAUAUUGGCACCAAAUGCAUAUUCACAAGUUGUUGGUUAUGUUCCAUCAAUUCAACGCUCUGUUAGUGCUCAAAUACAUGAAAAGUGCAUGGUUCAAGUUAGGUGGCUUGAUGGAUCAAUUAAAAAUGUCCAUGUUGAUCCUAAUGAAUUAUAUAAAUACCAAACACAGAUAACAAAUUUGGUUGGAUUAUUAGAAAAACGAAUUCAUUGGUUAACUCAAAAAAGUCGUGGAUACUUUGGCACCCUUAUAGAACCGAACGUAAUAAUUUUAAUUGAUUUAUCAGGGUAUAAUACUAUCUAUAUGGUUCAUAUACAUUAUUGUCUACGUCAUUUACUCGAAGAACAGAUUUCAACAAAAUCGAAAUUUAAUUUAAUGAUAUUUGGUUCGGAUUCUAAGGCUUAUCAAUCGAAUUUAAUUGAUGUGAAUGCUAAUAAUUUACAAGCUUCAUGGGAUUGGUUUAAAAUGCACAAUUGCAGUGGCAGUCGUAAUUUAUUAAGUGCUUUGAGAUUAGUGUUUGAAAGUCAGUCAGAAAAAGAUUUGUUUGAAUUACAUUUAGGAAUUUAUAUAUUUACAUCAGGUAUACCUGAUCAGGAUAGUGAAGUGAUUUCAUCUUAUUUGGAAGCUAAACGUUGUACGUUUUUAAAUACUCAUGUACAUGUGGCAUUAUACCAUGUGGACAAUACCAUUACAGAUAAACACUUUCCAUGUCGUUAUGCAAACAUUACAGAAACUGCAAAUUCUUUACGUGAAAUAGCUCAUUCAACCCCAAAUGGACGUUUUCAUUGGUUUCGUGAGAAUGGUAUCAUAGAAAGUGAUGAUGUUCGCGUUCUGUUGGACGAAAUAGACGAAGCAGUCAGCUAUUCAAAACAAGCUCAGUUACUUGUAGCAUCAAUCACAGAUAAACGAGUCGGAUCAGAAGUUAAUUGGAAUAAGUCUGAUAAAAGCAUAGUUUCAAAGAGUAGCAGUACGGCUAAUCAAUUAAUGGGUGGGUGGGAUCCUUCAAAUCAAAUUGAACCGCGUUUAAACUUAUUAACAUUGGCUAGGAAAGAAGCUAUUGACGCAAAAAUGAAAAGUAUUACCACUGAUAAUGAUUCACAUUCAAAAGCUUUGACAUGGUAUCAAGAGAUCAAUAACACUGAUAGGGUACGAUCUAAUCCAAUGAAAAGUAAAGUUUCUGGAAGAAAAAAAUCUAAUAUCUUAGUAAAACCAAUUCAAAUUAAACGAUUCAACUGUCAAAUACCUACAGAUGAAGAAAGACUUACGAGUCGUGAAUGGCUACGUAAAUACAGUAUUCGUAGUUUGGGACUUAAUUUGACGCGUCUCACAUCUGGAAUGGAUUGUAAACAUGAAAUGUCUUUUGUUAACUCCACUCGAACAAUGGUUCAUGCACGCUAUUGUAGCGGGUUGUUUCCUCUUGUAAAUGUGGCUGGAACUCUUAGACAUCUUCAGUUUACCUUGGACGAACUAGAAGCUUUUGAACAAGAGGUUGUUAAAGCAUUAAAACGUUAUGUCAAACGUUAUGAAUGGUUAACUACAGGAUCGAGGAAGUAUUUUGGUCUUAUAUGUGAAGAAUGUAUAGUCAUUUUGAUUGAUACAUCUGGCUCAAUGGAUGCUCAUUUGAAUGAAAUAAAAACGUAUCUGAAGCUUUUAAUAUGGGAACAAUUACACAAGAACAAGGUGUUUUUCAAUAUGGUUAGUUUUAGUAGUACAUUACUUGAGUGGCAGGCUUCCGGUGUAGUAAUGGCAGAUGAAAUAUAUUGUCAUGAUGCUAUUGCAUGGAUUGAUCAACUGAAGGCUACGGGUGGUACGUGUACCGGUGAAGCAAUUCUGUGUGGUUUAAAUCAUUUACAAAUUAUGAAUUCAUCAAAUAUCAAAGAAAUGCAUGAUGUAAACUUCAAUGAAAUGAGUAAAGGGAUAUAUUUAAUUACAGACGGUAAACCGGAUGUUAGCUGUUCUUCAUUGAUUGAAAAUAUUAAUGAAGUUUGGAACCUCACUCCUGACAGUAAUGUUGACUCACAGAAUACAAAAAUAGCCAGAACCUCUAAAACGUUAAAUAGCACAACAAGUAAAAAGGAUAAAAUCAAACAUACAAAAGCUUCUAAAUUGGUACAAUUACACAAAUGUCCACCAAUACACACAAUCUCUUAUACAAAUGAUCAAACUGCUUUAUUAUUUCUGAAAAAAUUAUCAAAUUUAACUAAUGGACGUUUUCACACAUUUCUGGAUAUGACAUCAACAAUUAAUGUGUUUUUAGAUUAUUUAUUACAAUCUUUAUCUAAAAUGAACACAAAUGAAAAUGAUAAUAGAUCCACAUAUCAAAAAGAUAUUUUAUCAUUUCCUAAUAUUCAAUCAGAUGAUAUUAGAUUAAUACAGAAAGAAAUUCGAACAACUUAUAGAACAUUGAUUUGUCUAAAAUAUUUUCAAGAUGUAUAUAAAGAAACAAAAUUGCUUCGAAAGUAAUAAUCAAUAAAAUUGUGCUAUUUUAAUUCGUUUUAAUACAAUUUGUCUUAAAUUC